AUGUCUUCUCGUUUCACCAGACUCUUCAAGCCUGCCAGAGGGGCUUCCCACAAGGACUCUGACACUUUUUCGAUUACCAUGUCGCUGGUUUCUUCUUCUACCUCGAAUGAUGAAUUGAAAUCUACCUCCGAAACUGCUUCCACUGUAGUCGGCACCAUUUCUGACAAAAAGGACGUGAUCUCCUCUCAUUCAAUCAUCUCCUCUCCAGCUAAGCCUACCGACGCCCUUUCCCUCGCAACCCUGGCCACCGUCACAACCACCACUCACGAAUUCUUACAAGGAGACCGUAGUUUCAGCAAAGGUUCUGUCGAACCUAGUGCUACUGUCUUAGGCUCUUCUAUCCUCAUCAACAGCUCCUUGAACGACUCUGCUUCCUCGUUUGCUUCCACUCAGGACGAAAAUGUCACUCUCAAGUUCACCGAGGCCGAGGUCCGUCUUCUUAAAUGGUCCUGGAACGAAAAUAUCACUACAAACAAGGAUAACAAAAAUCCAUCAGCUUCGAAGACGGCUGUCCCAACCCCAUCUGCCCCAGUUGAUGGAAAGCUUAAGCAUAACAGUAUUGCUGAAGCUUUCUCGUCUUCGCAAUUUUGGUCCGAUAUUUACAACAACGUUAGAGUGUUAGAUGAAGAUCUUUUGAAAAUCUUGCCUACUCCAGAUCAUCAAACGGUUUUUUUCACUGGUAUCAUCCGUAUGGCAGUGCUUAGUAGUAGCGACUUGACUGUGAUGAAUGAAUAUUUGCGCAGUAUCGGCCGUCGUCACGGUAUUCUUUUCGGGGCUGAACCAGGUUAUUUCCAAACUCUUGGGAUCGCGGUUAUUAGAGCCCUUAACGAUCGUUUUGAUGAAGAUUUUACCCCUCAAUUGGAACACGUGUGGAUCUUGUUAUACUGUUUUAUCAGCAACACAAUGAUUGAAAGUUGCUCUGUUGACCCAGUAUUACCUGAAAACGUUAGUGUUGGUUUAGUUACCAUCCAUGAAAAUAAAGACGAAGAACCAAAAGGUUCUUUAAAGAAAAAGAGAUCGGUCUUCCACAACACUCCCCUGACUUACAAUGGUCAUAUAGGAAAAUCUCGUUUUGGCUGA